GCGAGAACAGCGACAUCGUCCCCAACCUCCCGCCGUCCGCGACCUCCUGUCUUCUGAAGUCUCUUCGCGCCCCGCUAUUGUACGACCGACGGUGUACGUUUACCUCUCGGGAGGUGAGGGGCGCCGACUCGAGCCCGCUGCUGCCACCGCCGCCGAGCACCCGGAAGCGCGUUCGACCUGCGACUCCUCACGCGACGAACCGGCAUCGAAUAGGUCUAUACGUUCUCCUAGCCACGUCCGCCCUAUCUUUAAACUCGCUGCCGUCCACCCUUUUGCGCAGCCCCGCCUCGCGUGUCACGGGCCACCUUGCCUCCCUCGAGCCAAUUCUCCGCUGCCCAAACACGGUUUUCGCGAUGAUAUCCCUCCCUCGAAUCCUCUAGAAUCAUACUCCUUAUCUAUCGCGCAACUGAAAGAUGUCGGAAAUCAGACUCCCGACCGGGUUGAAGAUGGAGGACUGCCUCGGCGGCGGACUUACGGGCAUGGCGUACCUAGACGAGACCUCCGAGACUUUCAAGACUGUCAUAAAAUUUCCUCACGAAGGAGACGAGCCCGCUAUGGAUAUUGAGAGACAGAUCUACGAGCGCUUCCAGCAACACGGCGGACAUGAAGGUCUUCUGCGGUAUUAUGGCACCUUCGAACUCGGCAUCCGGCUAGGAUAUACGAGCGAACGUAAUCUCCGCCAAUACCUCAAAAUUCAUGAUAAGAUUGACGCCAAGCACCGACUUCAAUGGAGUCAACAAAUUACUAGUGCGCUUGCUUUCGUUCAUUCGAUGAAUGUGAUUCAUGGGGAUGUUACGUGUCACAACAUUUCUUUAGACGACAGCCAAAACGCGAAGCUCUUUGACUUUGGUGGUUCCUCAAUAGAUGGCUCCGAGCCAUUAAUUGUGGUGACUGCAAGCCACAGGUGGCCUGGAAACGACGACAAAUCAACCCAGGUAGACUUGUUUGCCCUUGGCUCCACCCUGUACGAAAUCUGGACCGGCAAACCUCCAUUCCAUGGGCUUUCAGACGUAGAAAUCACCAAGCUGUUUAAACAAUCGGAGUUUCCUAAGACGCAAAGUCUAGGACCAAUAGGCGACGUUAUUAGAGGAUGCUGGCAAGGCAGGUUCGCAAGUGCAGAUGAUGUUCUUGAAGCCAUAAACUUCUGUAAUAGAACUAGUCUUCUAACUUCUGUGAUGAAUAUUGUCUCUGCUCCACCCGUCCGCGAGACGACCAUUGCGGUGUCGGUUCUUGGCUUGGCCCUGUUCCUUAGAGUUCACAGGUUAGCGAGGCGAUAACGAAAUGGAAGAACGGAGCUCUACCUAGAGGAGCUUAGGCGCAGAGCGGGCAUUUUCCUUUCCUCGUAGUACUGCCAAACAUAAUGGGUUCUCCGUUUUUCCCUUUGGCCUGUUUGAGAUCGUUGCAAUGGCCGGUUGCAGCAGUGCCAUUCUCGCAGUAGUCGUAUCUGCGCUCUUGGAAGGUGUGUCCUUGCGUGCAACUAGCGAAUUUGAAGGGGGUGUCAGAAUAGUUACACAUUCUGCUUGCGUUGAGAUGCGUGUCCAGGAACAAACGUUAGAUGAGCAAAGUUAGCUAUCUUAUACUCCUAUGCGCAUUGGCUACAGCAACGCUGAUAACACC